CGACACAGGGCGCAAAUUUUCGGAAGCCAUUUGGGCUUCGUUCGGGCAAAGCUGAUGUUGACAGGGGUUCCAUCCUUAACACAAUUCCACGCGAAGGGGCCAAAAAGAACGCCAAACCCCUGUAGCCUACGAGGCGUUUGCCUAAAAAUUAUGGAGCUUCCACCCACCGCCAUUGCAAAGGGCAACGUUACGGUGCCUAGCGAAACUGCGGCGCAAAAGCUAUUGCGUGCGAAGGGAUACCCAUAUCCGCGCCCUGACACGUCGUUCAUAUUCGUGGCUGGUGACGUCUUCUUGUUUGACAACGAGCAGUGGCGUGGCACUGACCGUUUGGACGAAAUCGUCGGCCGCUGUGGGUCGACAGCUACAGCUUUUGCGGCUGCCCGUGGCGUUGACCUGUCGUCCCUCGCUCGCAAGGAGCAGUUUUGGCCGGUGCUGGCAAUAGGCAGCAACGCCGGUCCGGAACAACUGCUGCGGAAGUACCCAGUGCAAGACUUCCCUGAUUGCGUUGUGCCGGUGGUCCAAGUCGCGCUUGAGGACUUUGACGUUGUCUACACACCGUACCUCGCCACGUACGGCUCAUGUACGGCAACCCUCGAGCACUCGCCCGGCACCGUCACGUCCAUCUUCAUCACCUACCUGACCGCGCCCCUCAUGGAGCGCAUGCAUGCCACGGAGGGCGGCUACAACCUUUGUCGUCUGUCCGGGCUGCGACUUCACGUGGCUCCCAGGCCCGUCGCCGAGCAGCCUGCAACAGGACGCGACCGGACUAAUUCGCCAACGGGGACCACAGCCCGAGAGCCGGCUGAUGCCGAAUGCAUGGUUCUGCCAGAUGCGGUAACGGCAUCUCGGCCCUGCAGCAGUCUGGAGAGCUUCGAGGUCCGCGACUGGGUUUACCAGUACAACCACCGGCUGGGCUGCAUUAGCUUGCCGGUGAAGGGCUUGGGAGCCACUCCAAUCGCCAUAGCGGACAUUCCGGCGAUGGGCCGCGUGUUUCCGGCUGCGAGCCAGGUCGAGAUGCUGGGUGCGUUAAGGCAAGCUCUCGGUGGCGACUUGCAAAGAGGUCUCUUGACGCCUGUUGUGCUGCACGGUUCGUGCUUGGAGGCAAUGGAAGGGGGCGAUGACCUUGACACCUGGAUUCUUGGCAUCAUAAACGACAAGCGCCGGCGCAAGGCAGCAUGCGAACGCUUGGAGCAGCAUGCGCAGCUGUUCAAGUACGGAAACUACGAAGUUGUGGUCUCUUUGGGUUAGGUUUUGACGCGAAUGGGGAAGGAGUCUGUCCUGCAACAACGAUGCACCUAGUUGGUCAGAAGCAUCGGCACGCGCAUAGGGCUUGCCGUUCAUAGCGUGGGGCUUUGCGACGGGUGUCUAAUUCCUAACGACGUGAGACGGCGACGAUGCGCAAACAGGAUGAUAUUGUGAGAGGCGGGGGUAACGGCUAUAUUUUCCUAUCUUCUUGUACGGCACAGGCUGUGUAUCCGUGUGCAACCGUCGCACCUACCAUACUAAAGAUAUGGCUGAAAGAGCACUGAAAGUGCGCGCAAACUGGCACGUAAAACCACGCAACUGUGAUGACAAUGUGAGGGGGGUGGGUGGCUGUGCUUUGAACGGUGCCGUGCUGUACAGUACGACGCAGUGGCGAUGUUUGGGUGAUUGAGUGGAGAAGAGUGAUGUGAUGGAUGCCGAACCGUACUGCACAGUGGGGUUCAGAGGAGGGGAUUUGAGAGUACUAUGGGAACGAUGGUGGUAAUGGGGUGGUGAGGAGAGUGGAUAGCAUGCAGCUGAAUCGUACUGUGUUCAGCAACACAAACCGGUUACACUCCUCAUGAUAGUUUCCAGAAGUUUUACAAGGAGGUGCUCCAUCACAAUGACAAAGCGACACCCGGAAGAAGAAAGCCUACUUUGGACUAUCGUUUAGAGAUACUGCACGAGACUAGCUUUGGCAACCAGCACUGACUACAUCUAUGUUAACGCUUCAUUCGUGUAUGUAACUUGCUGAGGGCGCA